AUGGAAUUGAGAAGCGUAUUGCAUUUCCUUGAGGACAAGACCAUUCUAGUCACUGGUGCCACCGGCUUCCUUGCAAAAAUUUUUGUGGAGAAGAUACUAAGAUGUCAAUCAAAUGUGAAAAAACUUUACCUUCUUUUGAGAGCUACCGAUAUUGAAUCUGCUACUCAUCGCUUGCACCAUGAGAUCGUAGGGAAGGAGUUGUUUAGAUUGCUAAAGGAAAAGUUGGGUACAAAGUUCAAUUCCUUUGUGUCAGAAAAGUUGUGUGUGGUACCUGGAGACAUUUCUAAACAGGACUUGGAUUUGAAGGACUCCAUUCUAAUGGACCAUAUUUGCAAUCAAACUGAUAUUAUAGUUAAUAUUGCUGCAACUACUAGCUUUGAUGAAAGAUACGAUAUUGCAUUGGGUACUAACACAUUCGGAGUUAAGCAUGUAUUGAACUUCGCCAAGAAAUGUACUAAGUUCAAAGUGCUUCUUCACGUAUCAACAGCAUACGUGUGUGGCGAGAGAGGAGGAGUGGUAGUAGAGGAUCCACAGGAAAUGGGUGUGUCAUUGAAUGGAGUGGUAGGAUUAGACAUUGACAUGGAAAUGAAGUUGGUGCAACAAAAACUCAAUCAGCUUCGAGAACAAGGAGCCUCUGAACAUCACAUUAAACUCGCCAUGAAGGAAUUAGGCAUCCAAAGAGCAAAUCUAUAUGGUUGGCCAAACACAUAUGUAUUUACAAAGGCCAUGGGUGAAAUGCUUAUACAAAUUUCAAAGAAAAACAUACCUAUUGUUAUUGUGCGUCCUACCAUGAUUGUUAGCACUUAUAAAGAACCUUUUCCAGGUUGGAUCGAAGGUGCAAGAACCAUAGACAGUAUGAUUCUUGCUUACGGUAAAGGAAAAUUAUCCUGCUUCCUUGCAGAUCUUAAGAAAGUUUUUGAUGCGAUACCGGCUGACAUGGUAGUGAAUGCAAUGAUAGUGGCUAUGGUGGCACAUGGAAAUGAAGGUUAUAGUAGUAAUUAUGAUAACAUCAUAUACCAUGUGGGCUCCUCUGUUAGCAACCCUGUGAAAUACGGCGAUCUCCGUGACUAUUCCUUCAAAUAUUUCACUGCAAAACCUUGGAUCAAUAAAAAGGGAAAGCCUAUCAGAGUUGGCAAAGUUACCAUAUUGAAUAACAUGGCAAGCUUCCGCAGAUACAUGUUCAUUCGCUACUUGCUUCCAUUGAAGGGACUACAACUGGUGAACAAAGCAUCAGGCAAGUAUUUCCAAAAAACGUAUCAUGAACUUUAUAGAAAGAUCCAUGGUGUUAUGCGGCUCGUUGAUCUUUACAAGCCUUACGUAUUUUUUAAUGGCAUGUAA